AACUUUUGAACUUAACGAGCGAGUCAGUAGGUGUUCUGUGAACGAGUCAACUUAUGCUGGUCGUGGUCCUUAUUCAGGGUGUUCUACCAUGGAUGUCAUUGCAGCGAUGGAAACAAGCGCGAUGAAAGCUUGUGCCGAGCUCGAAGAAUGCGUAAAACUCUACAAUGAAUCCUGGAGGAGUUUGUAUGACGAGCUUACAUGCAAGCCACAGAAACACAAGCCCAGCAAUAUUAAGUUCCAGCUGCAAGACAAAAUAGUUAAGGCUGGAAUUUCAAGCCAGGAUCGCAUGCAGGGUAUGGUGAAAAACACUCGGCUCUUAAAGAAGCUCAAAAUUGAUGACACUACUGCAGUUGAUGUUUUGACACAUUCAAAUAUUGACAAGGCUGCUUCAGAGGCUGAGGCAAAAAGUAAAGAAGAAAAGCUGCUGUCGAAAAUCCUGAACAUGGAUCUUCAGCACUGCCCGAGGCUAGGAGUUCUUUCUUUAGCUUACAAGGACGGUGAGAAGUUGAUACCGUACCACAUUAUCACAGGUGGCAAGGACCCAUGUGAUGUUGCUGAUGAAUUGUGGAACUUUGCAGCAAAGUGCUCCAUCAAGAAGUAAACACUCGAUGACGGUCGAGCCAGCUUUGACAAGGCGUUGAUGCGCUCUCGCAGCACACCGACCUGGAAUCUUCACACGCUGGGGCCGCUAUUGUCUUUAACAGCAUUAGCAACUCUACUGGCAGUAACUGUGGCACGGGACAGAAUUUGGGACCAGGACAAAGCAAGCAUUCUUCUUCUAGAGGAAUUCGCUAAAAUUAUCCUCCACGAAGAAGCAAUGGUUAGAGUGCUCGGCUGCUGACCUAAAGGUUGCGAGUUCGUACCUGGCCGCAGUGGCUGCAUUUCGAUGGAAGCGAAAUGGUCGAGGCCUGCGAACUGUGCGAUGUCAGUGCACGUUAAAGAACACCAGAUGGUCAAAAGUUCCGGAGCCCUAUGCUACGGCAUCUCUGAUAAUCAUAUCUUGGUUUUGGGACAUAGAAUCCCAGAUAUUAUGGUUGCUAAAAUUCAGCACACUACUCUAUGCUGUACCUGACUUUUUUGUGUUUGAAGGCAAAAAAGGGCAUGUCUGAUGCCAAAGUCAUUCUGUUGCCUGGUUGCUCACAGAAGUUUCUCGACGCAUAAACAAUCCUUGAACAGUCGUGCCUGAUACCAAUACUCUGCAUUAAGUGCUCGGCACAUCCUCUUGCAGUGACAAACAUAAAAGCACAGUCUCUCUUGUAACUUGUCUACGCGCUCUUAAAGGGACACUAAAGAGCAAUUUUUCAUGUAUUAUUAUAGUGCAAUUUCAUAAUGCCAAAAUUACCACUCUUAGCACGACACAACGCUUACUGAGCGAGAAAACGUGUUAAGAGAAAAUGUGGGGUGGCGACGCCACCUCGAGAUUCCCACAUCAAACACCUUGACAAAAGAAAUUCUGAAGGCAUCUACUAAAUCCUGCGUAGCUUCCAAUCGAUGAAAAUGAAGUACAUUGUAAUCUGUGGUUGUCACAGGCUUAGCACACGUUUCACAAAAUUUUAUCGAACCAAUGCCAAGAAAAUACAGUAACCACAUUUAGAAAUUUCCUAGGUUACGCACGGUGAUUUUGCGCGAAGUUUUAAAAUGAAACCUAUACCUUGAUUUUCUCUGCUUAUAAUGAACUCAUCAAUGCGAUACAUAUUGCAUUAGACUUCUUGGAGUACAGUUUGUCAAUCUAAACCAAGCCAAUGUUCCUCUUCAGUGUCCCUUUAAUACUACAAUAGAUCAGUACAAACUCGCCGGAACUUCUGUGCUUCUAAACCUUAGGUUUAUAUAAAUUAUAUUGAUUACAAUUUUUGUCAUUUAGGAUGAGUUCUGUAUUACAUUUGUUUGUAAAUUACUUUUAAUGUAAACACAUACCUUUUUAGUUGGUUCUUUCCAUUAUUUUCCUUUCUAUAUGCCGUGCUAUAUUAUUUGCCCACUUUUUUUUUUUGUUAUUUAACUGCUCUUUGCCAUCAAAUGAUGAUUAUCAAGGAGGAAGAGGAGGAAUAAAUGAGGAAGAACAGAGAGGUUAGCGGAUGUCAAUAUUGAUGUUUAUCAAUAUUGACAAAUGACUAAUAGGAGGUCCUCCUGACAGAUUUGGAAUUCUUGGACGUCCUUUUGUAUUAACGAUGAAUAAAGAAUAUAUUGAAUUAAAUAAAAUCAAAACUGCAUAUAUUGAACUUAAAAAACAAAACAAAUCACUUUGAUAUAUCAUAGAAAUAAGUAUACAGCUUUUAAAUAUCUAUUAUAUUUUUGAUCCAAACCUCAGUGUAGAAGUUGGCUUGGUGGCACUGUUUCACAAAAAAGUAAUAUAGCCGCUUUCGUAGCAGUUUGUGGGGUUUUUUGUUGGUUUAUCUUGCUUAAGUUGAGUUCAAGUUGCAUGCAGGAGCAAUUAUGCGGGAGAAGAUACAUCAUUGAGACAAACAGCACGUCACUAUGUUUAUAUGCAGUUGCGUGUACUCAUCGGGAGCCUGAACUCCACUUACAAAUGCGUGCAGAAAGACAUCCUUUGUGGAGAGAAAAAGCCAAUUUUUUUGCAAGGAAGGUCAACUGCUUGAAGCGUUUCAGGCUGUUUAAUGUGUGGAAUGUCCCUACUAUUUUUGUAUGAUGUCCCGUAGGUGUUUUUACGAAAUGACCUUAAAGUGUUGCCAUCUUCUAAAAUAGUUCUAUAUAAAAAAUAAUCCACCUCUU